AUGACUAUCGACGUAGAAGAGACCAAUCGCAAGUCCGCUUCCGUCUCACCCGGUGCAGCACAGCUCAAGCGUCUCGCUGCUGAUUCAGAUUCGGCUUCCAACACCGAUGGCACCAACUCGUUGCCCUCGACUGAGCCUUCCACCACGCCCGACGAAGCUAGCAGCAGCGGCUCCGGUCGUCGUCUGGGCGGCAACAAGCGUGCUCGCCUUGCUUCCUCACCCGAACCUUCUCCCCAAAUGCGCUCCCGACCCAACCCGCAUUCCAAGCAUACCCAGGUGCCCCAUCCGCUCGGCAUCAAGCCACUUGGCAAUGCGUUUCUCUCGGACCGCAACGAUCGCCCUUCUUCCCUCGGCCUCUUUGCGAGAUUCGAAGAUGACUUUCUGCUCAGCUUUCUCUCCACCUUUGCCGACGAUCCUGCCACCUUAAUCAAGCUAGAGGCUGUCAGUCACGGCUUCUACUCUUUCAUCAAUGCCACCAACUCGAUCUGGCGUGAAGCUUUCUUGCUCAGCUUCGGUGGCAAAAUGAAGCGAUGGUGUGGAAGCUGGAAGCGGACCUUCAUCUGGCACUACAAGAUGGACAAAGCUGUCUUUGAGAACAAGACUAGCGACUCGAUGGAUGGUGCCAACUUUGCAUUUCUCGAACCACCAGCACCCAGGAUACAGUCGCCUUAUUUUUUCUCGGACACGCUUUACCACCCAUUCCGUCUGGCCAUGGCGCCUCUCGAGCACCUCGUUGCACCAGCCUGUCGUGUCUACAAUGCCAUUACCAAGAUCGACCUCGCUGAUCCAGGCUCAAUAGCGCUCUUCAAGCAGAAGUUUGCUUACGCCAACAAGCCUGCUAUCGUUCAGAAUGCUAUGCCUGCUAAGGACUGGCCCAGUCGUGAUUGGUCGCUCGACAAGCUUGCUCAGCGCUGGUCUACCCGCUUCUUCCAAUGCGAGGCUGUGCGAUCGCGCUUGCCAUCUUACUUCAGCUACUCGCGUAGCAUGCAGCACCUCCAAGAGCAGACCUGGCAACGCAUGCUCGAACAAGAGAUCGACAAUUCACCCGAGGAUCAGCGACGAGCUUCCUCAGCCACUUCAGAGAGUGGUACACCCUCCAACGAAAGCGGUCCACGAGACAAGUCAGCACCUGUACUCGUCGACACACCUUACACCAUCUCCCGUGUCGGUCCUCACACUUUUUCUGCGAUUACAGACGACGGCGAUUCGACUUUCGACCCCUACGCCGUCCCCGACGAAUCGCCGUUCUAUCUCUUCGACGCCAGCUUUGCGGACGACCCGCACGCUUCGCUCGAAUGGCGAGUCCCCAAAUUCUUCCAACAGGUCUCCACCACUCCAGCGGACGCUUCGUCGCAGUACGACAUCUCAGCUGUCCGUUCCGAUCUCUUCUCUCUUCUUGGACUGUUGCGCCCCGAUCAUCGCUGGAUCAUCGCUGGCCCAGCCCGAAGCGGUAGUGGAUGGCACAAAGAUCCCAACGGCACCUCAGCAUGGAACGCGGUCCUCAAUGGUAGGAAAGCAUGGAUGAUGCUCCCUCCUCACAUCACUCCACCUGGAGUGUACGUUAGUGAAGAUGAAGCAGAAGUCACAGCUCCCCUCUCCAUCGCAGAAUGGUUGUUGGAGUUCGCAUCAGAGACACGUCGAUUGUAUGGGCCGGAAGCACCCCGACCAGAAGACAGAUUGCUGGUUGAAGGAGUAUGCGAAGAAGGAGAAGUACUCUACGUCCCCAGAGGGUGGUGGCAUCUCGUGAUCAACCUCGAAGAAUCGGUAGCGUUGACACAAAACUUUGUCUCGCCAGCCGAACUUGGGAUCGUGUUGGACUUUAUGAAGAACAAAUCGGAUCAAUUGUCGGGAUUUAAACGCAAUCAAGUCGAUUCUUCGGACUCUGCUGCUGCUACGGUUUCGCUCGCACCUGGUAGACAAGCUGCAUCGUUAGGCAGCAGCGCUGUUGUAGCACAGACAAAACAAGAGGAGGUGGGGGAGGGUGAGGAAGAAUGCGAUGGAGCUGGGUUCAAUGUUUUUGGGCUCUUCUGCGAUCGAUUGGAAAGGUUCGAUAAGGAAUUGCUCGAGCAAAGUCUAAAGCAGGUAGAAGAAAUCGAGGAGACGAGACGCAAUGCUUGUGCAUUGUUGAGGAGGAACCAGGUGGUACAGCCAAAAAAGAAGGCGAAUGCCGGGCCUAGUUGGUGGGAUAAGUUGAGGUCUCAGCCCCCAACUUCCAUCGCUGUGGAGGGAGUAGAUGCAGCACCAGCAGCGCAAGAAGCCGCAGGAUUCUCUUUCGGCACUCAACUCGAUUCUACCGAGUUUGAGCUCGAGCAAGUUCCUUGGUGA